ACACACACGUACACUCAAACACACACACAUACACACAAACACAUACACACACAUCCACAGUACAGUAUAUUAAGUACCUCUGUCAAACACUCCUCUGUUAUCCAGUCUACGGUAGAACAAUUCCCCCCAACAGAGCUCCAGUACUGACAAACAAGCGAUGGCAGGACCCAGGCCUGUUGUGCUGAGCGGACCCUCCGGAGCGGGGAAGAGCACUCUGAUGAAGAGGCUACUGAAGGACUACGAGGGGGUCUUUGGCUUCAGCGUGUCACACACAACCAGGAAACCUCGACCAGGAGAAGAAGAAGGAAAAGACUACCACUACACAACCAGGGAAGCAAUGCAGGAGGGGAUUGACAACGGAGAUUUCAUUGAGAAUGCAGAAUUCUCCGGAAACUUGUAUGGAACAAGUAAGUCUGCGAUUGAGGAUGUGCGGGCUCAGAACCUCAUCUGUAUCCUGGACGUGGACAUCCAGGGGGUGCGAAACAUAAAGAAGACCGACCUCGACCCCAUUUACAUCUCCAUCCCCCCCUCCAUGGAAAUCCUGGAAACACGUUUGCGAGACCGGCAGACGGAGACAGAGGAGAGCCUACAGAAGCGUCUAGAGGCAGCGCGGCAGGACAUGGAGCUCAGUAAGGAGCCAGGUGUGUUUGAUGUGGUUAUCAUCAAUGAUGACUUAGACAAGGCCUACGAGGAGUUGACAGCCAUCCUCAUUGAUGAAAUCAAAAAAGUGCAGGAAGUAAAGUCCUAAGAGGUGAUCAGCAGAGAUCUGGUCUUGCUCUCUAUGAGGUCCUCCUCAAGAGGACCAACCUGAAGAAACUUCGAUCACUACCCAGCACCCAAGAGAAGAGCCUCACCUGAUGGAUCAAUAUGGAGUUCCAAGCUGAGCUAAUUGUGCACAUGAAGCCACUUAUGUUUGAAUAACUGUUCAAUUAAAAACUAGUCCAUAUA